UGACUGCCAAGCCCACAGUUCUACUGUUGUGUAAGAAGCGUCCACAUCGUCAGUCAGCCUGCGACUUCUCCUCGCCACAGGUUUCCGCACCGGCUGCUGGCACUUGCAGGUGACAGAAAAUCAGAAUGGCUCCAUCUGUAAAGCGUCACAGGUUGAAACAUAACCUUCCUGUUGUGUCUCAUGUCCCACCUGUCAAAAGAGAAAAAAGUGAGGAUGACUCCCCAGCAGGUGUUUCACAGAUUGUAUCUGCAAAUAAAGGUGAGCGUUUCCCCUUAAAGAAGCCGGCUGGUGCCACAUUGAGGGAAGCAAGGCUUGAGGACACCGUUUACAAAGAUAAUUUUCUUGUGGUGAACGGUUGGGGGAAAUUCUACCUUCCGAAGGUUGUAACCAUGCAGGUUAUUGGUGUGGUCGAGGGCAUCUCGUUCCCAUGUGAGCAGCUCGUUCUGAUGACCUGUGAGGACCAACGGGUAUAUGCCUAUGAUGAAGAGGAGCUGCAUCUGGUGGCUUCAAGCAUGAAGCAGUUAGGUGACGAGGGAAUGGAGUAUCCAGGCUCCACGGUUUAUUACAGGGGAGAGGCCUUUAAAGACAUGCCCAGGGAGAAUCGGGCAGACACGAGCAUGAGCGAUUUGGGCAAGAGGUUGGACGAAGAGUAUAAGAAGCUGGUGGCAGAAAGGAAAUCCAGCAUCCUGGAAUAUCUGAAACACAGCAGGAAACAGAAGUCUGAAAGUUUUUAAAAGUUGUGGUCAGAGUUAUAUUGUUGGAUUGUCAUUUAUGCUUAGAAACAUAUACUCAUUAAUGAUUAGAGUUAUAUAAUUGAUUGCAUAUUGAUAGGAUGUCUGAUCCUUAGUAGUCUGCAAAGACUGUGUGCAUUCCAGAGCACUCAAAUUGUAAGGUGAUUAAUUGCAAAUAAUGUUACAAAUUUUUUAUGUUGUUUUCAAAGAUAAUGUGCCGCAGGUUUUCCAUUUGUUUUACUUAAUGUGUACCACUAGGUUCUGUUUUGGUGACUUCUGCUCUUUGUGCUAAGCUGACCUAGGUGAAUGGAGGACUCCAUAUAAUUCCGUUUUUGCAUAAAAAAUUAAUACCCAACUGUAAAAGUUAUAUUUGUUGUUUUAACCUUUGUGAGGGUUUAAUUUGCAUUUUCUAAGGCAAAUAACAGAAAUCAGACAACAAGCGGCAGCAACUGGAAAGGUUCUGUAUAAAUAAAAAAUUAAAUCGGGUGGAUGCACUUAAUGGUGGUUUAGCUAAACUGAAAAUUUGUUCAUUUCAAGCAUGGUUCUUUAAUCAUAUUCAACCAUUUACCUGAAAAAUAAAUCUUUGAUUUGAAAACAUAUCUAUUUCUUUGUCAGUGUCCCUGACUGUCAUGUGAUUUUGAGUAUUGACACUGAUUUUAGUGUAGGAAACAAAAUAUAUAUAUAUUUUUUUUCAGUCAGUUUGUGUCAUACUAAAAUUGUGAGCCUAUUUAUCAUAGCGUGAAGUAUUAAAGCUGACAACCACAAUUUAAAAUAGCUUCUGUUUGCCUCUCUCUCUCUCACACAUACUAAUGGACACCAGACAACAGCUGAUUAACAGCAGGGACUGUUCAUGUGUCAGAUUUUCAAAUUUAAGGCCCUCAUUAUUAUAAUGGACGACCAAUAUACAUCACAUGUUGUAAAUUGUACAAUAUAAGCUAUCAAUGUGUUAUAGGAGUUUAUCAGCAUACUGUAGUGGGUCAGGGUUGUUUGGGGUGGGACAGCUAUGUUCUGUUGUUCCAGGCCGCAGGUUAUGUUGCCAUGGUUACAGGUGACACUGUCUCUCUGCGACUGUGUGUUUCUGGGUGGA